CGCAGUUUAUCCUAAUUUACCAAUGAAAAAUAUCUUACUAUUUAUCAGAUAUUUUUUUAAGUAAAAAUCUAAAUCAUUAACUUUUUUCUUUCCAGAAAUUAUAAGUUUUUCGAAAUGUCUGUAAAAGAAAGUUAUUCACGACAAUAUAGAAAACGUAAACUGGCGGCGGAAAAGCACGCUAAUGACGUCACGAACAAGCGACACAAGAUGGAAGAAACGACGACGUCCUAUGACGUCACACUGGAGACAUGCACACGUCAUAUAUCACCACUUCGACCGAGCAUGAGGCGUAACAGUAUGACGUCAUCAAGUAUUAUUACGUCAACGCCGAAACGUCGAUCGCCGAAAGAAAAACUAUGGAGGCCGUGGGUGACGUCAUCAAAUGAUGACGUCAGGUUACGUCACAACAUACGUCAUCACGAGUAUCUACAAACAAUUCGUCAGUCAGGAACACAACGUCUCGAUCUACAACGCCAAAGCGGUAUCACCCGGUUAUAUCAUGGUGUUUCCCCGUUACGUCACGGUGCUUCCCCAUUACGUCAUAAUUACGUAGGCAACAACGAGAAAGUAAAUCCAAGAUGGCGGGCAGCAGUUCAAGUUUCAACCGGGUUUGAACAUUUUAAACACCCAGUCAAAUUAAUGUGGCCUCGAAGCAAAGCACACGACUACUUCUACGCGGAAGGUCAAAAACUUCUCGAAGGCUUCCCUGUUCAAGCUACAAUAGGUCUUUAUGACGACACAGACAGCGAACAAUCAGACGAGCAUUGUUUAGAACAAACAAACUUGUUUAGAUCGCGAGCAGCUAACCAAGUUCUAGUUCAAAACUGACCGCAUUUAUAUUUAUUGAAUAAAAUACAAAACAAAUACCAUA